AUGCAGAGCUCUUGGAUUGCACGAGCUCCUUUCUUUAUAGGUCUCUUUCAGGCCCUUCGGCUUGUCUCUCUCGGCCAUGCUGCACCCACUGCCGGGACGUGUCCUGAUCUGUCAUCUCCCGAGUGCUGCUACAAUGCAUGGUACUCCUGGACCUCGUCCAAGUCUGUGUUUGAGGAGCUAACUCCCAGCACCUACUUGACAAAGACGACCUCUACUGCGGUCCCAAUUCCUGACCCAUCUCUCACCACGCUUUGUGAUGGAUUUCCGCGCCUGCUCGGCCCGGACUAUUCGUAUUCUACCUUUGUUACCACGUUUGACGAGCCUUCCACCACUUGGGUUGGCAAUUCAUACAUCACGCCUGCGCCGGACUGCACCAUUAAUGAGGCCGAUUGCACUCCUUACAUGCUCGACUACGAGUCUUCCACCUCUGCUUAUCAGACCAACAACUCGAACCCUUACCCCUUCCAUCCUCCAUGCACCACCUACUCGGCGUGUCCGGGAGAAGGAGAGGGCAUGUGCAAGAUGAUUGUCAACGUCGAGACGGUAUACUACUGGCCGGUUACCAUGACGGGAGACUUCUGCGGAGACCGAUCAACCAUUACCAAUCCCGAACCGACGAAGUCGACUGUUAUCGCGGGUACGACCUACGUCUCGCCCAGCGUCUACGUCAUCGUGUCCCAGUUGAACCCCGCCAGCUACGCAGCGAGAUACAGAGCCAAAGACUGCGGCCACGACUUGACCAACAAAGUCUUCAGCAUGCAUCCCACCGACGUGAGCACUCACUGGGGUCCCCUGAAGCGAAACACCGAGACCUUCCGCCAACUCAACCUCGCCGAUCUGAACACCCCCAUCCCGGCCACCGCUUACUUCUGGCUCACGGAGCUGCCCAACUGCCAGGCCGACCCAGAGACCUGCAAGUCAACGAUCAGGACCGAUUAUCAGCCUUACCUGUCGGCUGCGACCCAGUCCUUGCGCGGCCUGGACCCGGAUGAGCUCGCUUACUGCGAUCUUCACCCGAGCCAGCAUAAUAUGCUUGGAGCGCCGACUUGGAUUCCGUUGGAGCCUACACCUGAUGACUGGCCGACGCCGACUCCCACUCCUACCGUUGGCCCACAGGCCGGUACUAAUAGUCCUGCAGAGACUGGUACCGCCUGA